AUGACCGACUGCAACCCUCUAGCUACACCGGCCGCUGUCAUUCAACCGGUGAGUCAGUCCACCGAUCCGUUUCACAACCCCACGCACUAUCGUCGUCUAGCCGGGGCUCUACAGUAUCUCACCAUCACGCGUCCGGAUCUGUCCUAUGCUGUCAAUCGUCUUUGUCAGUUUAUGCACACUCCUACAGAGGAGCACUGGGGGCUACUUAAGCGUGUUCUUCGCUACAUAAAAGGGACUCUUGACUACGGCCUCCGCAUCUCUCCAUCCAGGUCAUCUGACAUCCAUGCUUAUUCAGAUUCUAACUGGGCCGGCUGUUCGGUCUACCGGAAGUCCACCAGUGGCUAUGCCGUGUUCUUGGGGUCCAACCUUGUCUUGUGGGUCUCUCGGAAGCAACGAACGGUGGCACGCUCAUCGACAGAAACCGAAUACAAAGGCCUCGCAGAUGUGUGCGCGGAGGUCACCUGGGAGUUGCGCUUGAGUGCUUCUACACCACCCACACUAUGGUGUGACAACCUUGGUGCCACGUACCUCUGUGCAAACCCAGUUUUCCAUGCUCGCACCAAACACGUAGAAGUUGACUAUCACUUUGUACAGGAUAAAGUCUCCUCCGGUGAGUUUCAGGUUCAUUUUGUGUCAACCAAAGAUCAACUCACCGACAUCUUUACCAAAUCGCUUCCAGCCGCGCAUUUUGGAAUUCUUCGUGACAAGUUCAAUGUGGUGUGCCACCAGCCUUGUGCUUGA